AUGGGCGGCCAUGCCUUCAAAGGAUUGUAUUGUCCUCGCAUUUCCCAAGUUGUCUACGAAAACGUCAAAGCAGAGACGAAAGCUGCGCUGCAGACUGUCUUCGCGCAAGUCGUGGUGCCGACCGAGAUGCCUAGCAAAGAUGACUACGGCGACGUCGAUUUCCUAGUCUGCUCCCCUCUCCAUUUCAAAGGCACCACCACACUCGACACAUUCCCAUGGCAAAGCACCGUCUCCCUCAUCAAGGACGUCCUCGACACCACCCACGGGCGCCAGGGCUAUCUCACCAGAGACUGCAUGUACUUCGCCAUCGACUCGCCUCAUGGUGAAGAGAAUUACUUCAUCCAAAUCGAUGUCAAAGUUUGCUUCAAGCCAGAAUUGUUUUACUGGUGUCACUUCGAGCUCAACUACGCAAGCAACAGCAAGAUGCUCGGCAGUAUGAUCAAGCCACUUGGUCUUACUAUGGAUCCUGAGGGUAUACAUAUCCGUGUUGAAGAGAUGGAAGAGACGAACUUUCCUGGUAGCAUGGUGUGGAUUAGCAAGGAUCCGAAAGAUGCGCUACGCAUCGUGGGCUUGGAUUGGAGGAUCUUGAAUGCUGGAUUCAAGACCAAGGAGGAGAUCUACAAGUACUUGGCCAGCUCAUGGCUUUUCCAUCCAGGUCACUUCGCCGCACGACUAGCCGAGGGAAAGUACCACGAACGACUUGAAGACCGAGCACCGUACUGGACACACUUCAUCAAGGAAUGGGUACCCGAGCACUUUCCCGGCUACCUUCACGCUCAGGAUAAUGGCCACGACAACGGCAAACCCAGCGAGCAUGUCUAUGAAGACCUCGAAACAUGGCAAACCCGCACCAGAGCAGCCGUCCGCGACAAAGUCUUCACCAUGUUCCCUCACAUCGCAACCGAAUACUACACCAAGCGCGCCACUUGGGUCAAAGAACGCGAAGAGCAGAGACUGCGCGACCUCAUCACACAAGCCAUUCCAACCGGUAAGAAUGGAUGGAGUAGCGACAUCUCCAUUCCAACCAUCAUAGUCAAGUAUUCACAGCCCAUGACCCCCGAUCUAGAACCCACAGCGAUAGGCGAGAUGACACCACCUCUGACACCACCGCUCACACCCAGCUUAUCAACUAAUGCCUCGCCGACUUCACCAAGCGCCCUGGUCUUGACUCCCCUCUCUCCACCCAUCACCCAGCCCACAAACCCAGCCGUGUUCGUCGAGCCCCUCCCUCGCACACCACCAGUUUCAUUCUCCCCUUCCCCGCCUCCACCCAACAUGUCACUUUCAGCUAAACUCCUCUGCCUCUUCCGCUGGACACAUUUCUGCCCCUCCACCGGGUCUCCUUACCUCACCACCGCGCCGCGCGACAAAGACUUCCAGAUGCAAUGGACAGAUGCGCAACUCGCUGACGCGACGGAUGAAGUGCUCGUGCAAUGGGCGAGGGACAUGUGGUGGAGUGUUUGGACCAGGCAGUGCGUUGUGAACUAUCGAGGGAUGUGGAAGAGGAAGUUUGAGAAGGAGGCUAGGAAGGUACAAAUGGAGGAGAAGGAGAGCAAGGUGGUCGAGAUUAGAGGAGAGAGGGUGGAGAAGGUUAGAGGGAGGUUGGGAAGGUUGAAUGAGGGGUUGGAGGGGUUGGUUUGA